GGCCGGGGCGCGGGCCGGAGACGCCGGAGGGCCGGCGACAACCGGGGAGGGACGAUGAAGCGGCAGAAUGUGCGCACGUUGGCGCUCAUCGUGUGCACCUUCACCUACCUGCUGGUGGGCGCCGCCGUGUUCGACGCGCUGGAGUCGGAGCCGGAGAUGAUCGAGCGGCAGCGGCUGGAGCUGCGGCAGCUGGAGCUGCGGGCGCGCUACAACCUCAGCGAGGGCGGCUACGAGGAGCUGGAGCGCGUCGUGCUGCGCCUCAAGCCGCACAAGGCCGGCGUGCAGUGGCGCUUCGCCGGCUCCUUCUACUUCGCCAUCACCGUCAUCACCACCAUCGGCUAUGGUCACGCAGCGCCCAGCACGGACGGUGGCAAGGUGUUCUGCAUGUUCUACGCGCUGCUGGGUAUCCCGCUCACACUCGUCAUGUUCCAGAGCCUAGGUGAGCGCAUCAAUACCUUGGUGAAGUACCUGCUGCAUCGUGCCAAGAAGGGGCUGGGCAUGCGACACCCCGAAGUGUCCAUGGCCAACAUGGUGCUCAUCGGCUUCGUGUCGUGCAUCAGCACGCUGUGCAUUGGCGCCGCUGCCUUCUCCUACUACGAGCGCUGGACCUUCUUCCAGGCCUAUUACUAUUGCUUCAUCACGCUCACCACCAUCGGCUUCGGCGACUACGUGGCGCUGCAGAAGGACCAGGCGCUGCAGACGCAGCCGCAGUACGUAGCCUUCAGCUUCGUGUACAUCCUCACGGGCCUCACGGUCAUCGGCGCCUUCCUCAACCUCGUGGUGCUGCGAUUCAUGACCAUGAACGCUGAGGACGAGAAGCGUGACAAGGAGCACCGUGCGCUGCUCACACACAACGGCCAGGCGGGUGGCCUGGGUGGCCUGAGCUGCCUGAGCGGUAGCCUGAGCGACAGCAUGCAUCCCCGCGACCCAAUCAUGUGCCCGGCGGCCGCGGGCGGCGUGGGUAUGGGCGUGGGUGGCAGCGGCUUCCGCAACGUCUACGCCGAGGUGCUGCACUUACAAUCCAUGUGCUCGUGCUUGUGGUACAAGAGCCGCGAGAAGCUGCAGUACUCCAUCCCUAUGAUCAUCCCGCGGGACCUCUCCACGUCCGACACGUGCGUGGAGCACAGCUUCUCGUCGCCAGGAUGCGGUGGCCGCUACAGCGACACGCCCUCGCACCCCUGCCUGUGCAGCGGGACGCAGCGCUCGGCCAUCAGCUCGGUGUCCACGGGCCUGCACAGCCUGGUUACCUUCCGCAGCCUCAUGAAGCGCAGGAGCUCGGUGUGAACCACAACCCAGGCCUGCAGCACCUGUGAGCCAGCGGGGUGGGGGGUCCUGCCUGCAGAGGCCGCAGGAGUUGACCAGGAGGCCCCACCCAAAGACGCCUUCGGGCCCCGUGGGAAGUCCCCAGCCCACCACCACCACCACCUCCUCUAUUCUUCCCUAGCCCCUACUCUCCAACUGUGCAGGCUUGCACCAGCCAGCAGGAGACCGGGCUCUGAGGACCCCUGGAGCCCCCAUCAGAGCCCGAUCAAUUCCAAGAAAUGUGAAACUUGGGAGGUGGGGAGGUGGGGACCGCAGCCACUAGGAGCCUUUCGGAAAUCUGAGAAGCUCCCCAGUCCUCAGAGGCCCUGCUGGGACCCAGAACCCUUACCUCCCGAGGGGACUUCUGUUCUCGGGGGUUCUUUGGUUUGUUUGUUUGUUUUUUGUUUUCUGGUUUUGUUUUGU